AUGGCGGGUAUUUGGUCGCAGGAGAGUUGCAAGGGAUGCUCUUCCGCCAGCUGCGCUUGCGGCGAGAAGGGCACGUGGAGCGUCCCCUCGCUGUUGAGCCAGCGACUCUCGGAAGGCUCGAGCCGCCACCAAUUGCUGCAGCGGUGGACGAGCACGUGGCACUCCCUGAGCGGGGCCGCGCCGGCGGCGGAGCGGACGCGGCGCGAGGGGGCUGCGGCGCCCGCCGAGGACGAGGACCGGCCGCUCGUGUUCCUGUGCGGCGGCUGCCGGCGGCCGCUGGGCGACUCGCUGAGCUGGGUGGCCUGCCAGGAGGACAACAACUGCAUCCUGCUGCGCUGUGUUUCCAGUAACGUUUCUGUGGAUGAGGGGCAGAUGCUAUCCAAGCGUGAAAAUGAAAAUGGUUGCGUCCUGGAGAGGCUGCGCUGCGCCGGCUGCGCGCAGCACCUCGGCUACGUCUACAGGUGCACCCCGAGCCACCUCGACCACCGGAGGGACUCCUUCUGCCUGGACGUCGAGGCCGUGGAGAGUUAUGUUUUAGGGUCCUCGGAGAAGCAGCUUGUGCCCGAAGAGAAAGAGGUUUUCAACCUGGAAAGCCGGAUUGUGAUAGAAAACUCGCUCAAGCAGAUGGAAGAUGUUUUGAAAGUGUUACAGACGAAACUGUGGGACGUUGAAACAAAAUUGGCCUUUACCAGUUCCAAAGGCUGAGAUCUCCGAGUCUCCUGUUCCAGACUUUCUGCCGACGGGUGAUAUUUUUAUGUAGCAGUUCUUGUUGUAAUUUACUUCACUUAGAACUGAGGUAAUUCUGAUCAACUGUGUACAUUGUUGUCUUUUGUAUUGAUCAAAUGAGAAUAAUCAUAGAGUUACUUUUAUGUCUGUAUUUGACGGUAAAAAGAUCACUGUUUUCUAAAUUUGAAUUUUAAACCCAUUUUGUGAUACUGGGAAUAGAAUUUAGGAGUUUUUAUUCUGAUACGGAACUGCCCUGAUUUCCGAACUGUUUUCUCCUUUGUAUCCAAUUCAUUAUUCUUCGUUUUGUACGUACUCCUUUAAAGCUUUACCUUUAAUACACUGAGUGACAUUUAACACAGGAUGGUGAGAACUUCUUAGCAGCUCUCCCGCCCGCUGUGUUGGAGUCUUCUCGGUCAGCAGAUGGGCCCUGAAGAGACUGGUCGGUCGAGUCAUUUGUCAGAAUUGUUUGAAACCUUGCACAGGAGCAGAGUGUCGUGUACUCUGACAAUGAGACCGUUCCCCUCGUUCCUUCAUGUACCGCCCUGUGCCUCUCGAGUCUGUUGGAAUAUUUACCACGGAGAGAAGCAUGUCUCUGAGAGGGGAUUCGGAAGAAGUUUUCAGUUCCCAGUUUUCCAUAAUGUACUGUG